AUGCAAGCUGGCGUGAUCCCAGAGUCUCCCAGGACACCCGAGACACCCAGCAUUCGACAAACUCGUGACAUACUCGUCUCUCCGCCCGAGACGUCUCCAUCGUUGACCUCAACAUUUUCAGACCCGUCGACGCCGAAAGGCCUAUUCACUGCCAUUCCAGAAUAUUUCCCUUGUGGAGCCGACCUGAAUCUUACCAGAGAGCAACUUCGCCUGGCCUUCUUCUUCUCGCCCAAGGAUCGCUGCAUCGUUGACCCAGAAGAGAAGUACUGGGGGCGAGGUCGGCAAAGCAACCUUCGUACUGAAUUCUGGAAUUUUACAUUUGAGCGGAAUGAAGACUACCAUCCACGCAUAGACGAAACGCCAUGA